AUGUCGUGUGUAAAAGAGGAGGUUGAGGAAAGUGGUAGUGCAGUAAUUCAAGAAACAGAUGAUAAUGAUGAUGUUAAAGUAGUGGACACCGAUAUUGAAGUGGGUUUCUAUGAAUUCACAGACAAAAUCGUAUCUAGAAUUCCUGAAUUUAAUAAGCCGGCUUUUUGGGCUCGGACAGAAUCUGGAAUCUUCCGAGCGGUCUUUAAAGCAAAUCCUAGUUUUGAUGAAGCCCCAUGGCCUUUUUUUUCAGCCCAUUCGGUAGACUUCGUAAAGAGACAGCUGAACAAGGAUUACCACAAGAGAUUAACUGCUGCUCAGGCUCUUUGUCAUCCAUGGCUGGCCGGUUAUCAUGAUGUCAAGUUACCCUUGGAUAUCAUAACAAACAAGCUUGUAAAAGCCUAUAUAUGUUCUUCUUCUCUCAGGAAAGCAUCUCUUGGGGCUCUUGCAAAGACAUUGGCAAUACCUCAGCUGGCUUAUCUCCGAGAACAAUUUACAUUGCUAGGCCCAAACAAAAGCGGAUUCAUAUUUCUACACAACUUUAAAACGGCUGUGGCAAAGAACUGCACUGAUGCCAUGAAGGACUCAAGGGUUCAAGAUUAUGCCAGCAUGGUAAGUUCACUUCAAUAUAGAAAACUAGAUUUUGAAGAAUAUUGUGCUGCAGCAAUAAGUGUGCAUCAGCUGGAAGGAAUGGAGACUGGAGAGUUGGGAGCAACAUGCACGACGUGCCUAUGA